CCUCGUGAACGCGCAAGAGCAGCAAUGGCCGCUUUGGAUCGGCGAAAUCCUAAUCUCGACGAUUUUGUCGGAUUAAACUGGAGUUGUUGGGUAGUUAAAGCGAAUAUUUUGCCAUCUGACGCUGGGUCUAAUGUUGAAGACAGCAGCAAGAAUGGGAGGAACCGCUGUGAGACCAUGGCCCUCAGGAGAGAAGACAUGCACACAUUUGGCCACUGCCCGUCACAUGAUGAGAUGUACCUGGUGGUGUGCAGUCACUGUGGCCAGGUGGUGAAACCUCAGGCCUUUGAGAAGCACUGUGAGAGGCGGCAUGGUCCUCUCACUAAAGUGUGUGGACAGUCUCCGGCACCACAGCCGAGACCCCGCUCUGUUCGUCCCUCCACAAAUAAUUCCUGCUCCAGAGAGAGGCAGAAAGAUGGCAGAUGUCAUGAAGCCAUCCCCCCCUCCUCAGCAGCACCACCUGCACACCAGCACAUGCCUAGCACGGCCCAGAAGGAGGCAGUGAGUUUUCCUUCAGUGGAGAAGUUCCCCCAGGAGAACGUCCCCCUUCCUCACUCCUCCCCCUCAUCCACGCCUCGCCCCAUGGUUCCUGCUUGGCACUUAGGACCUCUGCCCCCUGGCCACUGUUCCUCCUCCACUUCUCCCUCAGAGAGACCCUCGCCGCAGAAGACCACAGCUGGGCAGUCCAGUGAGGCCCUCAGUCCUCAGCGGGGAACAAGAACCUACAGCCAGAUUUACAAAAACAUCAGCAAGAAAGAAUGUGAUCUGGACAAACAGAGCAGAGUUCUGGACCCAGAGAGGAAGAAGCUGUGCAGCCGGGAGCUUAUAUGCAAUACUGAUUCCAUCCACCAGCAGCAGAAAGCAUUGGGAAGGAGUAAGACACUUGCCCAGUUGGCAGAGGAGCAGAAACCAGCCUCUAUAGGUCAUGCUCUGGAUCAGCUUCUUGUUAAUUCAAAAGACAAAGAGCAACAUCUGGAAGCUUUUGAAGAUACAAAAACAAUUCAGACCAGUACAACAUUUAACAGCAACCUUCACAUUCCCAGCAGGUCUGAGGACCCAUCAGAAAAUGUUCCAGAGGAGGAAUGUGACAGCGCUGUGGAAGUGGAGGCCCCGCCUCAACGUGCCUUCAACCAGAGCCAGGUGUCGGCCGAGGAGAGUGAAGACGAUGAGAAGGAUGAAGACACAGACCCGCCUGCCACACCCUUGCACCCCAAACCUCUCGGGCUAUGCACUUUUGGAUGCCGCACAUUGGGCUGCAGCAUCUUCACCUUCAACCGGCGUUUACAUCACGUGCGGUUCGCCCUCAGUGCCAUGUUGGAGCACCAUGUCAGCACACAUUUGUGGAAGAAAAUGCCUCAAGUCUCAUCAGGUCUCAGGUCAUGUCAGGUCUCAUCUCCAGCUGUAGGAUCAGCUGUCAGGACUGAGGCCCGAUCCUCCAAAUCCACUGGCUCCCUCAGCCUCGAUUAUACCUCACUGGGUCAACUGGAAACCAAACCCAGUCUGCACAAUUCUCCCAGUUUCAAAUCGCCUUCUUCCCCUGCAACGGCGACACUUGGGCCUGGCCGACGGCGCAACCCUGCCGGCAAAGCCCGGCUGCGGGAGGAGGAGCUUAUGCAAGAUGCGAGCGCACUACAGAAAGCUGCCAUGCUGUCAAACGGCGGUGAGGGCAAAUCCUCCAAAUGCAUCAGGGACCCCCCCCUCAAUGAGAAGGGCCAGCCACAUGUCCCCCCCUCUCAAGGAGCAGUUAAUGAUACCUUUUCAAACGUGAAUAAGCCAUGCCCUCCGCUCCAACGCUCCCCCCGCAGCAAAGCGAGGGCUCCAGGGAUUCAGCAGCAGGGGGCGGGCUGCAACAACAGGGGUCUUGCUGAAAAGCGCAAAGGCAGCGAUGAGUCAACGUCUCUCAGCUCCUCACUGUCCAGAACCUCCAAGUGUCAACGCUUGUCCUCCCCUUCCCGCUAGAGCAGACAGAAUGGAAAGCAUAUCAGGGAUCUGCGUGUGGGGGUUUGGAGAACAGAUCCAACUCCCAAAGAGUGAGUAAACAAGCCAGCUAUGACACAACAUACUGUAGGUCGCAUACACCAAUGUUUUUUAUGAUGUGGAUCCAUCACUUUAAGCCUAAAAUUACACAACUAUCACAGAAGAUGUUCUUGAUCUGAACCUGAUUGUAGGGUGUCUGGUUCGAACAACUGUGAACACAUUUGAAGGUGACAAUUUAUCUUUUAUCUUCUCAGCCAAAAAAGAGGCCAUUGAGGAGAGGCCUGCUGCAGGUGUGUUUGUGUGCACGCAUGACUGCGUACAUGCGUGGUUUUGUGUAUAUUUAUGUCUUUACAUUUUUACGCACAGAUAUCAGGAAUAAAUAUUGGUCUGCAUGUUGUGUAUUUUUGCUAAAUGUCUAUUUUUCUAUGUGACUAAAUGUCUCAGUUUGUUACUGUGUAAGAAUGUAUAAAUACCUCAAUUUACUCAUGCUGCUAAAGUUAAAAGUCAUCUCAUGGCAAAACAAUAAAACAUUCUUGAAUCCUU